AUGGAAAACGAUGAUCGGAUCACAUUGCUAAACGAUAUCGAUGCUCUUACCACAAACUACACUAUCAAGGUUAAAAUUGUUAGUUUGUGGAGGAAGAAGAUGAGGGAUAAUGAAAGGGAGACAUAUCGAAUAGAUAUGAUACUGAUGGAUGAAAAGGGUAGCAAGAUUCAAGCUUCUUGCUUGCAUAAGCUAUUUUCAAAGUUUGAGAGGCAUCUUAAUGUUGAUGAAUGCCUUAUCAUUAAACGGCCAUCUCUUGCUGCGAACACUAGAUCUUUCAAGAUUGUUCCUAACAAUCAGAAGCUAUCUUUUUAUUAUCAUACCUUUGUGGAAAAGUGCAAUAUAUGGGAAGGUCCGCAAUACGUUUUCAAUUUUGUUGAGUUUAAUGAUGUUCUUUCUAAGAAAAUAAAAGAGGGUACCACAGUAGAUUUCAUUGGGUAUGUUGGUGUUUGUUAUAACAUUGAGGAGACUAACAAAAAGGACGGUAGUAAAGGGAAACGCCUUAAUCUUAAGCUUCAAGAUCUUGAAGAUGUUCAGAUCGAUUUAACUCUUUGGGACGAUUACGCUAAGGACAUGUAUUCUUACAUGGUUAGCGAAAAGCGUGAAGCACAUGUUGUCGUUGUUGUCCAUUUUGGUGCAGUUAAAACAUACAAAGGCAAAUGGGGAUUUUCCAAUAACUUUGAUGGUUCAAGACUUUUCAUUAACGACAACUUUGAUGACAUGCUAUUGUUCAAGCAAAAGUUUCUUGCAAAACUUUCUGCUUCAAGUGAGUCAAGUAGCCAUGCUGGGUCAUAUAUGAUGUGUUCUGUCGAAGAUGAAUUUUUAAAGAAUGAUCCAAAGAAAGUUGUUGUUGUUGGAACUAUUGUAGCAAUCGUUUCAGAUAAGAUGUGGUAUUAUGAUGGGUGUAACUAUUGCAAGUCAAAAGUUGAGAAAAAGUUUGAAACCUAUGAUAAGGAUGAUGGAACAAGUGAUGUUAGAGAUGCGAAGUUGUAUCAAUGUUCUAACAAGGAUUGUAAUGGAAAAGAAGUUUUCCCGCUGUCCAGGUUUAAAAUACCGGUUCGCGUUCAAGAUUCAACCGGAACUGUGACGCUUACAUUAUUUGACCAUGAGGCGUUGAAGUUUGUUGGGAAAACUACAAAGGAACUUAUUCAAAUUCAGGACGAGUUAUUGAAGACAAAUGAUUUCCCAAGAGAAUAUCCCGUUGAAUUUGAAGAGUUGGUUAAUCUAAAGUGUGCUUUCGUGAUUAAAGUAACUGACUUUAAUAUUGCUAAUGGUGUUGAGAAUUAUGGAAUAUUAGUUGUUACAACUGAUGAUGACAUCUUGGAUAAGCUCAACAAAAAAUUUAAAAUAGACCAAUCUGAGUUGCAAACUUCUGGUGCUGAAGGUUUGAAGGAUGCUGAUUCUUACACUGGGGAUAACACCACACCUGUUUCAAAGGAUUAUGCGGUUGACUUGAAACAAUCAUCUUCUGAUAUGAAGCGUAACCUUGAUGAUGUUUAUUUGAAUGAAGUUGGAUUGGCGUCCUCAGCAACUGAGCAAGCUAAAUGUAAGCGUUCGUUAAGAAAGCUAUAUAUUGAUAAUAAGAAAUCAAAUGCAGUUGCUUUUCCGGAUUAUGUUGUCAGAGCUGUAGAGGCUAAACACAGGCGCAAGUUAAGAAAACUAUCCCUUGAUAGUAAGAGAUCAAAGAUUACUAAAAAAUUCAUUUCUAGAGGUGGUGCUUCAACAUCGUCAUCAUCAACACGAAUCCUUUUAAAUAACAAAGAGAAUUUAACUCCCAAUAUUUCAAUCACAGCCUUUCCUACCGAAUCUUCAACUGUUAUUGGGACAAGUAAUCAUUUAAAUUCGUCCUUUAAUGUAAGAUCUUCCAUUAUUACACAAUCUACUUUGAAGAAGAAAGGAAAUGUACUACAGGAUCAGUUUACAACACCCAACCGUACACCAUUUGCAAACAUAGAAAACACAAUACCAGCAAAUAAUUCUAAUUAUUUGAGUAAUGUAGCAUAUUCAUCUGGAGCGUUUUCAAAUCAGAAUAGAAACAUAAAUGUUUUGCAUGAUUCUUCUACCUCAACACGACGAAUGACGAGGUCAAACAAAGAAAACAUAACACCAACUUCGUGUAUUACAAACAUACGUUCUCAAGUUCAAAUUGAACCGCAGUUUUCUAAUGCUAUGUCUUAUUUGAAUCGUAUAUCAUCGGAUAAUAUUGCAAGCUCAUCAACUUUACCAUUGAAUGAUUGCUAUUCUCUUAAUCCCAGAAUAACCAAUAAACGUAACACAACAUCUUUGACCUCUGAAUUUAGCUCGAUAAAAAAGAUGUCUUCUGGAAAGCGUAGACUUAUUCAUAAACCAAUUGAAAUAGAACCCAUACCAAUGGUUGUUCUUGAUUCUGAUGAUGAAAAUCAUCUUAACGAGGUUGUGUUAGACGCCACCAAAGGCGUAUCUAAAGAUUACGUUGACCAUGGUCAAUCUCUUACGUGUGGUUUAUGCUUUGCAAAGUUAUGGCCAACCGAAGGUGGAAAGGGUCGCAUUACACUUCAAAAGCAAACAUAUAGCUUACGUUGUGGAUAUGGUAAAGUUGAUUUGCCUGAAUAUAAAGAUUCUGAUCCAUCUUAUCAGAUGCUUUUUCGCUGUUUAGAUCAGGAAAGCAAGUUUUUCUUAAAGAACGUAAGACGUUACAAUUCUAUGUUUUCCUUUACUUCAAUGGUGGGAGGAAAAGUAGAUACUGAAAUAAACAAAGGUAAUGCUCCAUUUGUUUAUAGAAUCAGUGGUCAGAAUGCACAUAGUAUGGGUAGUCUUCUUCCUAAGCAUGGAGCCCAGCCAAAAUUUUCACAGCUUUAUAUCUAUGAUACUGAGAAUGAGCUUGCUAAUAGGGAGUUGUUAUUCAGUGAUUCUUCAAGCAAAGCAUCGAUAAGGGCAAAGGAACUUGAUGUUAAGUUUAUAAAGUUUAUUACGAACAUGUUAGAUUCUACAAAUAUGUUGGUUAAAACUUACAGGAUGAGAGAUCGAGACGGUAGGACUUACAAUUUAUCUACGUGUUCUGAAGUUGCUGCUUUGAUAGUUGAUGAACCUGAUCUCAAGAUUGAAAGCCGUGAUAUUAUUGUCGAAAUGCGUUCCGGAGAUCUUAAGCGUAUUAGCGAGUUACAUCCUUCUUAUCUUGCUCUACAGUAUCCAAUUCUUUUUCUGUAUGGAGACGAUGGAUAUAGGAUUAACAUUUCUCAUAGGGAUUUUGGUCCUAAUACAAAGAAGACAAGACCAACUUGUACUAUGAGGGAGUUGUUUGCUUAUAGAAUUCAGGAUAGGCAUAACAAGUUUUCCCUAAUUCUUAAUGCAAGAAGGUUGUUUCAGCAGUUUUUAGUCGAUGCCUACACAAUGAUUGAAAGUGAGAGGCUAAACUACAUACGUUUUCAGCAAAUCAAACUGAGAUCUGAUUCGCUUAACAGUCUUAAAAAUGUUCAAGACGUUGGUCAGAGUGAUUUGAGUCAUACAGGACAACCUGUUAUAUUACCUUCAUCUUUUACGGGUGGUUCUCGAUACAUGAUGCAAAAUUACUUAGAUGCUAUGGCGUUAUGUCGGAAGUAUGGGUAUCCUGAUUUCUUUAUCACAAUCACAUGUAAUCCGAAAUGGCCUGAGAUUGUAAGAUUUAUUGGUGACUCUUCAAUUAAGCCAGAAGACAGACCUGACAUACUUUGUCGAUUGUUUAUGAUGAAACUUGAUGAAUUGAUAAAAGAUAUGAAGCAAAAAAAAAAUUUUGGCGAUAUUAAUGCAGUUGUUUAUACAGUUGAGUUUCAGAAGCGUGGUUUGCCACAUGCGCAUAUUUGCUUAUUUAUGAAAGCUGAUCAUAAGCUUCCUACGGUUGAACACAUCGAUCCCUUUAUAUCAGCUGAAAUUCCUGAUAAGAACGAGGAUCCUGAAUUGUAUUCUCUUCCACAUGAAGUCACUGUAAGUGUGGUCGUUUCUAUUAUGUAG